UCCAGGAUGGUCACAUUCAAGAAAAUCAACUCUGUUUUGCUUUACUCUGUGCCAAGGCAUCCCAAUCAAAUAUCUCUUUCAAAGGGUCAUUUGGUCAGUUGUACUUGGGCGACUGUGGAUUCAAGGGUCAGUGGAUGGGGGUCACAUCACAAAUUAUAAUUCGUAUGUGGCAUUUUUGUGUUACAUGCUUGACACCUGUUCACACUUGCCUCAACCAUUGUCAAGCAUGCUGGUUUCCGUAAGAGAGGAACAGGUGGCUGGUGACUGACGCCAUCUGCAGAGAUGCAUUUCCUCCACCGGAGCUGCUGCGAGUGUCAGCCGAGCCUGCGGCACCGCACGACCGCUCUCUCCACGUUCUCUCAACUCGCCUUUGAGGCUGGACAGUAACAGUGGCCCCGGCCAUCAUUUUUAAUUGUGAAUUGAGAUUCUCCCAGCUAUACAAUAGAAUUUUUGGGAAAAGCUUCUUCUUUUGAGAAAAUGAGAAUUUUCAUAGCCUUUGAGGGAUCUUUUGAACCGUUUGAUGUUUCAACAGAUGAAACUGUGGAGUCUGUCAAGCUGAUGAUAAAGGAUUAUUUCCACAUUCCUCUCUCUGAAGAUGAACAAGGCAGAAGGUAUCUGGAGCUGACAUAUGCUGGAGCAGCUCUAAAGGACAGCUGGAGUCUUGCUGAUGUUGGAAUAUCUUUUUGUUCAACUCUCAAAUGCUUUGUUAAGGAGGAAGAUAAGCCCACUCUCUGUGUGUUCAACGCUGUGACCCAAGAGACCAUGGCCAUCAGGGAGGACAUUUCCCUUCUUGAUAAAAAAGUGUCUGAUCUGAGAACACUGAUAGCUCUGAGAUGUGGCUUCCCCGUGAGUGUCUUCUGUCUUCGGACCCCAGAGGGACUGGAGAUGUACGACUGCAACCUGAUCAGGGACUACCAGACAGAACUCGGCACAACACUUCGCUUGGAUGUCUGGGACGGAUGGAAGGAGUUUCUGAUGGGUUGUCUCCUUGGACAAAAACUUCAAGUCCAACGCUAUUUAUCAAAUGAAGGACCAAUCCUCAAGUAUCAGAAAAGGGUUGUCCUGUACAUCGCUGCCUUUUAUGGGUACAUUGAGCUCACUGAAUGGGCCCUGAAACAGGGUGUGCGGCCCCACGAGACAGUUGGCGUGCACCCCUACCGAGCAUGGUGCCAGGAAGCCCUGCACACAGACGUCUCUAAAUGCCCCAUUCAUGCAGCCGCGGAAGCUGGCCAACUGUUGAUUCUGAAGGCCUUUGUCAAUUGCAGCGUGCUGUGCCUGGAUUGCAAAAACGCAGCAGGACAAACUCCUCUGACCAUUGCGUGCAAACACAAGCAUAAAGACUGUGUGUUGUAUUUACUGAGUAAAAUGUGGUCCACGGUUUCUUUUCUGAAAAUCUCAGUCUCCAUGAGGAUUUAUAUUAAAAUAAAACAAUGGGUACUCAGAGCUCAGAGUCACAACCUGAAUAAAGGCCAGCUUUGCGGGGCAAGGGUCUUGGGGGCAAAAGUUGGAGACGUUGUGAUGGUGGACGGCUUCACCAAACCCAAAAUGACCUCCAAGAGCUGGCAGAAGGCUAUGGACAAAGACUCACAAGGAGGCAUUGAGAGCAAACUGCCGCCCCUCAAGGAGCAAACUGUGAGCAGGAAACUUGCCUGUCCUUUGGCAGUUGCACAGCAGGACACAAGAGAAGAGAUAGUCAGAUUUCCUCCACUGGUAGAUGCAAACACACUCUCUGAAUUACAAAAAAGACAACAAAGCUGGAAAAAAACUACUGCCACAACUAGGAAAAAAGAAAAGCUCAUAAAAAAUACAUAUAUGCCCCAAGUCCCUCUCCCUCCAAUUUCAAGAGUGGGCUAUUCACACCCAUCUUUUUACUAUGCAACUCCCAGUGCUGACUUUUUACUCAGAUCUUCCUUCGCAUCUUUCUCAGAGCAUAGUGGGAGGACUCCAAGGGAGAAUGCCAUCUACUGCUUAGCUGUGGCCAGUGCCUUUAAAGAGAAACGAUGGCUUCAGCAGUUAGGAAUAGCAAGAGUCCUAGCGAAAAAGAGCAUUUCUAAUCUGACUAUCCAAGGAGGCUUGACAGCAUGUGAAAAUCCUCCAGAAAUUGUGCUUUGAAAAGUCACAACAACCCCAGUUUGUAUGAAGACCUGGUCAGACAGAACUUCUAAUUCUAAUGCUAAAGUUUCUAAUAACUGUUUUAAUUUGGGGGCUUCUGAUAACAGUUCUGAUGCUACAUGAAUAUUUAAAGUUCAAUACCAUGUUUUCAAAAACUCCAUCACCCUAAGUGAAAAUUUAGGGCAUUUGUUUUGACACAAAGAGUCUGAGGUAUAAUUCAUAGGAAACUGAGAAAAGCAGUUGCCUAUGGUAGUAGGGCAACUGGGAAGGUGAGAAACAAGGACAUGAGCAGGAAUGUUUAUUUUCUCCCUCUCUCUGCCUCUCUUAUUAUUAUUUGCUUUCCUGGGACUUUUAAAAAUGAUUUUUGUUUUUUAAACAUAUGAUCGCAGUACACAGUAGAAUAUUAAUUCAAAAAAUUCUAUAUAGGAAAAAUAUUCUAUAUAAGCAUGAGAUGGCUGGAUGGCAUCACCAACUCGAUGCACAUGAGUUUGAGCAAGUUCCAGGAGUUGGUGAUGGACGGGGAACCUGGCGUGCUGCAGUCCAUGGGGUGGCAAAGAGUCAGACAUGACUGAGCGGCUGAACUGAACUGAUAUAGGGAAAGUCCCUGGUAGAGUUAUAAACACCAUCUACGUCUAAUACUGGUCUCAGAUAUCUUUUGAAUUUCUGCUAAGACACUGCUUGCUAUUAAUUUUUUUAAACUGAUGUAGAGUUUACCUACAGUGAAUUACAAAGAUCUUAAAUGUAAGAUUCAACAGAUUGAACAAACAUAUACAUCUGUGUAACUAAUACCCCAGUCAAGACGUAAAGACUUCCAUUACCCCAGAAAGUUCCUUCAAGCUCCUAAAUUUAUCUUAAUCCAUAUAGACAACUGCUAUUCUGAUUUCCUGAUAUAUCUCCGUAUAUAACACUUUCCAAUUAAAGAAAUCAUAUAGCUGUUCACUUUGUGUCUGGGUUAUUUUUCUCAACUUAAUCUAUUGAGGCUCAUUAACAUUGUUGCAUGUAUUAGUAGUACAUUCUUUUCUUUUUCUCUAUGUAGUAAUAUUCCUUUAUUCAUUGAUGAUAUCAUUGCUAGUAUCUUUUGCCCUAUUUUUAUUUUUGCCAUGAAUAGUCAGUCUUGUAAUGGUUUUGUCAAUUUUACUAAUUUUAUUAGUUUUCUACAAUGAACUGCUCCUUUUGUUUACUCUUUAUAUUGUAUAUUUGUUUUCUAACUUGUUAAUUAUUUUUUU